GGGCGGGGGCGCGCGCCCCGAGGAAGGCAAACGGGACCCAAGUCUUGGAGCAGCGGGACAUUGGGAGGGGCCGCUGGCCGCCCCCUUCUCCUACUUGGCCCCAAGGAAAGAUUCUUACCCUCUUCCGACCCAAAUACCACUCCCGUUGACAAUCACUUCGACUCUUGGAGAGAAAGGGACGACCACCAGGGGUGGUUUCAGCUUUGGCCCCAUCCUCUCUGAUUCCUGGCCCAGGUCGGUUGCCAUAGUAAUCCUUCCCCAGCCUAGACUCCCCCCCCCCUUUCACCUUUGUGGUUAUGGAGCCGCACACCUCUCCUGUCCCUGCACCCGGAGGAGGUUGCUAAGGUAACCUAAGUCCCUGGCGGGUCCUUUUACUCCUGCCAACACUGAUCAUUAUGGCAACCCUCCUCACCUAGCCCUCAGGUAGAAAGGACCCCAGCCCCAAAUAAACUGCUCACCCAGAAGCAUCUCUUCCCCCCCCAGCACCUCCCCCAUAGCCCAGUCUGUUGGCAUUACUAUGGUAACCAUCAUCCCCCCCACUUUCCAUACUGGGAGGCCCAUGGGCCAAGCCAACCAGGUGUUUUUAUUUAGAGGAGAUGCUCUGAAGAACAGUUACUAUGGUUACAGGGCCUGGACCAUUUCCAGCGAGCAGUGCAGCUGAACUGGGCAGGAACUGUCCCCCUGGAGUCCCCCCAGCCAGGAACCUAGGAGCCACAGGCUCUCCAUUGUAACAAUUCAAGACCCUCAUUCAUUCAACCCACAUUUAUUGAGCACCUGCUGUGUGCCAGUUACUGAAUGCUGUGCUGGGGAGACGUCAGGAAAUAAAACAGGAUGCCCAGAGGCCCCCCUAGGGCCUGAGUUCGGCCCCAUGCGGCUCACCCGCUGUCAGGCUGCCUUGGCAGCCGCCAUCACCCUCAACCUUCUGGUCCUCUUCUAUGUCUCGUGGCUGCAGCACCAGCCCAGGAACUCCCGGGCCCGGGGUCCCCGCCGUGGGUCUGCCGCCGGCCCCCGCGUCACUGUCUUGGUGCGGGAGUUCGAGGCCUUUGACAACGCUGUGCCCGAGCUGGUGGACUCCUUCCUGCAGCAGGACCCAGCCCAGCCGGUAGUGGUGGCGGCGGACACGCUCCCCUACCCGCCCCUGGCCCUGCCCCGCAUCCCCAACGUUCGCCUGGCGCUGCUCCAGCCCGCCCUGGACCGGCCCGCCGCUGCCGCGCGCCCCGAGACCUACGUGGCCACCGAGUUCGUGGCCCUGGUGCCCGACGGGGCCAGGGCCGAGGCCCCGGGCCAGCUGGAGCACAUGGUGGAGGCGCUCCAGGCGGGAGGCGCACGCCUGGUGGCCGCCCCCGUCGCCACGGCCAAUCCUGCCCGGUGCCUGGCCCUGAACGUCAGCCUACGGGAGUGGACGGCCCGCUACAGCUCCGCUCCCGCCGCCUCCCGCUGCGACGCCCUGGACGGGGACGCUGUGGUGCUCCUGCGCGCCCGCGACCUCUUCAACCUCUCGGCGCCCCUGGCCCGGCCGGUGGGCACCAGCCUCUUCCUCCAGACGGCCCGGCGCGGCUGGGCGGUGCAACUGCUGGAGCCGCCCUUCGCGCCCGCGCGCCAGCCCCCGCUGGCCUCGGCCCACGCGCGCUGGAAAGCGGAGCGCGAGGCGCGGGCGCGAAGAGCCGCGGUGCUGCGGGCGCUGGGCAUCCGCCUGGUGAGCUGGGAGGGCGGGCGGCUCGAGUGGUUCGGCUGCAGCAAGGAGACCACGCGAUGCUUUGGCACCGUGGUGGGCGACACGCCCGCCUACCUCUACGAGGAGCGCUGGACGCCCCCGUGCUGCCUGCGCGCGCUGCGGGAGACUGCCCGCUAUGUGGUCGGCGUGCUGGAGGCGGCCGGCGUGCGCUACUGGCUGGAGGGCGGCUCGCUGCUGGGGGCUGCCCGCCACGGGGACAUCAUCCCGUGGGACUACGACGUGGACCUGGGCAUCUACCUGGAGGACGUGGGCAACUGCGAGCAGCUGCGGGGGGCCGAGGCGGGCUCAGUGGUGGACGAGCGCGGCUUCGUGUGGGAGAAGGCGGUGGAGGGCGACUUCUUCCGCGUGCAGUACAGCGAGAGCAACCACCUGCACGUGGACCUGUGGCCCUUCUACCCCCGCAACGGCGUCAUGACCAAGGACACGUGGCUGGACCACCGGCAGGACGUCGAGUUCCCCGAGCACUUCCUGCAGCCUCUCGUGCCCCUGCCCUUUGCCGGCUUCGUGGCCCAGGCGCCUAACAACUACCGCCGCUUCCUGGAGCUCAAGUUUGGCCCCGGGGUCAUCGAGAACCCUGAGUACCCCAACCCGGCCCUCCUGAGCUUGGCAGGAGGCGGCUGACACCCUGACGCCCGCGGUGGAGUCGGGGGGAAUAUUUGCGCACGGGAAGCUAUACUUUGUCUUUGGGAAUCUGCUGUCUAGGUAGAGAAACUUUAUUUGAUGUGGGGGUGGGGAGGGGAGGGGAGGGAGCGGAGAAUGAAACUGACCGAGAAGGAAAUGCAGACAUUAAAGAGGAAGAACGAGAGAGAGCAGACUGGCUCCGCAGGAGGAGAAGACCAGGUCAAGGAUGUGAAAGCAGCACCCGGAGUCUCAAAUGGAGAGGUCUGGCCACCCCCAACCCGUGGGUGAUGGAUGCCUGUGGGGACAUCCUUCUUCCACCCAGUAGUUGGGGGUGCCGCCGGCAUUUGGGGAACCGGGUCAGGGGUGCCAAGGCGUCCAGGGCCCGGCACAGUUCCGCACAUCAAAGUUGUGCCAGGCCCAAGAUGCCAAGGAGCCCUGGGUCAGGAGCCCGGAGUAAUAAAUAAUUCCGCCCUUGGGUUUUGGGAAGAAUGUACAUCCUGAGGCCGGGCUGCCAGGAUUCAGAUGCUCUCUGCCACUCGCUAGUUAGGUAGGCUGUAUUUUCUCUGUGCCUCGGUUUCCUCCAGGAUUCUCUGCGCGCUCUCGGAGUCUCGGACACGAGCCCCCAAGACCCGUGGCCGCUGGGAUAGUUUUGGCCACUAGAGGGCGCCCCCGCCCCGCUCCUGGUGGCCGCCGGGUAUCCGGAGCCCGAGGUCUCUCUCAGCCCCUGCGGGAGGCGGGGCAGCGACGACCUUCGUCCCUCCUUCCUCGGUGGAAAGCGGAAUGCGACCUGCUUCCCUCCUCAGAGAGCCCUGUGAGCUGCAUGCCGCUCUUAACCCCAUCUUGCAGAGGGGGGAGCAGGCUUAGUGCGGGGUUACCUCCCAGGGGUGCCGCUGUGCUUAGGAGCCGGCUCCACUCCUUGCUGACUGUUAACCUCCAAAUUUCAAUGGUGCACGGGCGAGGCGGGGUCCACGAUAGUUACAGCUCACGUGUACUGAAUGCUUACUGUGCAGCAGGCAUCGUCCUCUGCUUUACACGGAUUCUUGAAUUAUCCCUCACCUCCGACCGGCUAGAUGCUACUUCCAUUUUACAGAUGAGGAAACUGAGGCCAGAAUGGUGAAGUCGCCUGCCCAAGGUCAGGAGCUUUGAAAGUGGCCACACUCAACUUAUCCGCCGUGCCCCUCAUAAUGGGACCGGGGAAGAGCUUUUGGAACAACUCGGUGGAUGAAAGUAGUGGCAUCUUUCUUUUUGAUCAUGUACCUAAGAGUAAAUACUGUUUGAACAUGAACCCUCUAAUAUGUGUAUAUUUAUUUGUAAAUUAUAUACAUGUACUAUUAUCAGUCUGUGUAUUAGUAAUAAGGCUUAAAUUAUUCUGCGUUAAAAUAAUAAUAUAAUAAAUAUGAAUAGAGGUUUUUCUGCCUCAUCCCGACGACUUGUCUGGCAUACACCCUGUGUGUGUUUACCUGGCUCUUAAGACCACAGGUCAAAAACACAGGCUCUGAAGUGAGAGGGGCCUGGGUUCAAACCCCAUCGCUUCCUCCUGCCCCACCUGGGUCCGCAGGGGUCCAGGAUCUCGCGCCUCCGCUUGGCAUCUGGGAAAGGGCGGUAAUGAGAGCGCCGGCCCCACGGGGGCGCCGUGAGGCACUUAGCUGGGAAGGGCGGGGGAGGCAGCGCUGGAGUUGAAUCCUGGCUU